UCAAAUUCACAAAGUUCACUGUAUUUUAGGAACACCACUUUCAAAUUAUAUUUUUCGGAAUCCGCUUUCGGAAAGUUGUCCAAAUUUUUCGUUUUGAACAAAUAAAAACAAAAAAAAAGUUUUGACUAUUUAUGUCGUUUAUCAACUACUAAAAAUAAUCCCAAAUCGAUAUGACUAGUCAUGAAUCUAACAUUUCCAAUUCGAAAGAGGAGAAAAAGAGAAUGAAAAGCUUGGCCAAGGAGGAGAAACGAAACAAUAAACUGCUGAAAGAGGAGGAGAAGAGAAGAAGUAAGGACGAGAAAAAACGAAGUAAGGAAGAACUAAAGAGGAAGCAAAAAGAAGAAAAGGAGUUAAGUAAACGGAACAAGAACCCACCGAACAUGAAAGUGGAGAUAAAGAAAACAAAAUCCGAAGCUCGAAGUGUAAAAUCUGAGCCCAGAUCGACCGACAAAGCUAACGUAGGCGCGUCUCCAUUUCUCAAAAGUAGAUUCGUGAUGCCUCGAGGGCACAAAGGGUACGUGUUCCCGGUAACUCCAGGACCAGCCAGAUAUCCAGUCACCAGCAUAAAUUAUCCAAUUAUGAAAGCUAGACGACAAAAAGAUUUGACGAAAAAAAUGUUAAAUGGGCCAAGACCACCGGCUUACACAAUGGGAAUUAAGCACAGUGAAAUACGUGAAUUUUACAAUAAAAUUCAAUAAAAGAAGUGCCGUUGAUUAUCGAUUCAAUUGAUAUGAAGUACAUAAAUUGAAUGAAACCUUAA